AUGGAUCGUGUUGACAAAAUUAUUGCCUUAGGUUUCCUUUUUGUCCCAUCUUUAGAUUUUCGUCCUCACAUUGAUCACAUAGUAGGCAAAGCUGUGCUCAUACUUGGUUUUAUUAGACGACAUUCUGCGAGUUUCAAUUCUCCAAAAUGCCUCUCAGUGCUCAAUUGUGGGCUAAUACGCUCGGUACUAGAGUAUGGUUCUAUUGUCUGGUAUCCGUAUACCGUUGGUGAUAUACUUAGACUUGAUAGACCGCAGAAAAGGUUUUUGAAUAUUGCUGGGUACUGCCUAAACAUUUCUCAUCCACCCCAUGACUAUCAACCAAUAAAUGAUAUUUUAUGUCUCGAGUCACUAUCAGCUAGAUGUCAGACACACAGUAACUGA